AUAACAAAUAAUAACGUGAAGGUAUGAUGUAAGGAUGUUAACAAAUGGACACCUCUUCCCCAAUUACUGAUGACCCUGGAGUACUCAGUGGCGUUGGUUUAAGUCUGAGGAUAAAGAACUUCCUGAAAGUGGAGAAGGCUAGAAGGUGGUGUCGUUAUGAGUGGUUCUAUUCUAACAUAGACAAGUUGAUAUUUCUGGGUAAGAAUGACUUCGUGACUUGUGUCCAGUCAGCAUACCCUGAUAUAGAACCGGGUACCAAACUAACUAGACUGCAGUGGUCCAUGGUCCGACGGUCUCUCGGCAAACCAAGGAGAUGCAGCCCCAAAUUCUUUGAGGAAGAGCGCAUGAUGCUGGAAGGACAGCGAGAUAGAGUACGAGAGUUACAGCAAGGUAAAGUGAACCCUGAAGAGGCAGAGCUUUACAAAGACCUGGCUGACGAGAUACCGGCCAUGCUUAUUAUCGGGACUAGCGUUACAGCACACAUCAAGGAUGGGUUAUUUGUAGGUGAGGUAGAAGCAGUGGACCCGACCACCAACACUUACAGGAUCAGAUUCGAUAGACCUGGUCUCGGGACUCACACUGUUCCUGACUUUAAUGUUCUGAGUAACGGUGAAGUGGAUAUGAUCUCUAAAGAUACACUGUUUGCCAGCCCAGAACCAGCGGACAUUCUACCUGAUGUGAUCCUGCCUCAAGCUAAUCUCUCCUCCUACAUCACUACUGAGCAUGGUAUCAGUACUGGUUUCUUGGGUGGCUAUCCCGUACCAUUUCUACGGUGUAUUGUGAAGAUGAACAAGCUACUGAAGGUGAAACGAGAGUUGCUGAACAAGGUUAAAAACCUUAAUUCCACUGUCGAGAGAAAGACAUCGUUCAAAGAACCUCUGGACAGUGGCACACAACUAAUGUACGCCACAGUUGUCCUGGAUUUAGACAAGCUUAACAAAGUCCUGCAGACUAAUGUCAAGGAUUUGCAGCAGCAUUGUAAAACGCACCUGGGAUCUGAGACUUUGGCAGCAAUCCAAGUUAAGAGUGAUUGUAUGGAAGCAGCUGAACAACUUGUCAAAGAAGCAAACCAACUCAUAAAGCUAAAACAUGAGAAGUCCACAAAGUUUGUAGCAGAACUGACAGCACUUCUUAUUCAAGUCGAGCGACUAUCCACAUCGAAGAACUCUAAUUCCAUGCCAGUUCUUAACGAAAGUAUUAGAAAUCUGAGGUCCAUCGUCCACCCUUCUAACUUGCAUUCAUUUCAAGAGAACGUAGAAGUUCCUUUGGCUCACAUUCAGGCUAGAUUAAAACAAGAGUUUCUAGCAAGUCCUGACUGAAGUGUGGAGGACAAUAAUUGUAUACUCUGGAAUCAUGAUGUAACCAUCUUGUUGAAGAAUUGAGACGAAAUUUUGAUAAAAUCGAUGUUUAACUGUAUUGAUCAGAGAAAUAAAUAUGAACAUAAACGCUUAUCAGUAUUAAACAAAGCAAAUAACAGAUAUCUAUUUAAAUCCACUUAAUGAAAUAUGUAGUGCCAUGGAUUUAAAAAUUUAAAUAUUAAUGAAACAAAGGCUUUAUAACACUGAAAGAGCUUUAAUUAUGUAAAUACAUGCUUUUUUUAAAUGCUGCCAUUAUUAGGCUUUUCUUUGGCAAAAUUUGCAUCUUGGAAUGUCUGGGUGCAUGCUAGAAUGUUCACUUAAAAGUGAGAUUUAUUUAAGUAUCAUUCAUCUCAUUUUUAAAGAAAUUUUAAUGCUGGAGUUAAACCCAUUCGAGUUAUUAAGCAUGUAUGAUUCGAUCAUAAUCUUUACCGUUUCAAUAUCAAGUACAAAUUCUCAUAUAACUAAGUUCUUAG